UCAGUUUGCGGAGACGAGAUGGAGUCCGAUUCACUAAAGUGGGUAGGUUCACCUUGCGGUUCACACGGUCCGUAUAUAUUCUACAAGGCUUUUCGGUUUAACCUUGACGGUAAACGGAGGCUUGUGUCGCUGGGAGACUUCUUCUUGGUGCGCUGUGAGCCGGGGGAGCCGCUCUGCAUCGCCGAGCUGCAGCUGCUCUGGGAGGAGAGGAGCAAACUCCAACUGCUGUCCAGCUCCAAACUUUAUUUUCUACCAGAGGACACCCCGCAGGGGCGGAGUGCCAGUCACGGCGAGGACGAGGUCAUUGCAGUGUCUGAGAAGGUGAUUGUUCGAUUGGAGGACCUGGUCAAAUGGACAGUAUGGGACCCCGAAGCGUGGAACAGAGGAAUGAAGGCUUUACCCCUCAAUAUCAGCUCAGACAGAAGCGGGCCAGAUUCCUCACUCUGUUACCAGGAUUCAACUCUCAACUGUGGCCUUAACUUCAAAGAUGUGUUAAAAGAGAAAGCAGCACUGGGUGAAAGUUUGACCCAGAAGCAGGUAGUAGUCCUGUCCUACCCCCGCUACUGCAGGUACCGCUCCGUCGUGGCCCGUCUACGCAAGCAACCAAGCUCUCUGCUGAGCAACCAGGUGGUUUUGGCACUGGGGGGCAUCGCAGUGUUUUCUGAAAACUUGCACAUCCUGUACUGUCGAGACACGUUUGAACACCCGACACUACUGCACAACGACAGUGUGUGUGAUGAAUUCGCUCCUAACCUGAAGGGUCGUCCCAGGAAAAAGAAAGUACCCAGCCCUCAGCAUUGUGGUCACGGGUCAGAGGCUAAUGGAAGACGUCAAACACCACCUACUUCCAAGGAGACUGAACAAAAGGGAAGAGGAACCAAUGUCAAGAUAACAGCACACAAAGUAGGCUUAUCUAAACCCAGAGGAAACAGCAGCAACGGUUAUGUGAGUGACAGCAGCAAGAUCACAACACUUCCACUGUCAGAGGAGAAACGAGGAAGAGGACGGGGGGUGGAGUACAGAGAGGAGGAGCAGGCCUUCCUCGUGUCUCUGUAUAAAUACAUGAAGGAGAGGAAGACGCCGAUUGACAGGAUCCCCUACCUGGGCUUCAAACAGAUAAACCUUUGGAUCAUGUUCCAGUCUGCUCAGAAGCUAGGAGGAUAUGAUGUGAUCACAACUCGUAGACUGUGGAAACACGUUUAUGAUGAGCUUGGAGGAAACCCAGGCAGCACCAGCGCAGCAACCUGCACGCGUCGACAUUAUGAAAAGCUCAUCCUGCCCUAUGAGAAGUUCAUGAAAGGAGAAGAGGAUAAACCUCUCCAGGCCAAAACCAAGGAUCAGGAGGUAGAGUCAAGCACUGAAUCUUCUAAUAGCACCCUGAAGACCAAGCUGACCGAUGAGGGGAAGCAGCAAGCCCAGAAACCUUGCCCUGAAGAGGAUAACACCCUGAAAACCAAAGACCACGUCCUGAGCAGACCAGAUUUGAUGGAACAAAAUCCUCAGCUGAAAAUUGAACCCCAAAUCUGCCUUAGCCGUGUGGAUCCCUUCCAGCCUUCACGUAGUAACAGAAAAAGACAAAGCCUGACACAAAACGACAGGGAGACACAGAUGAUCACGCAACAAGAGGAGAAAGAUGAAGUCAUGAGCAAGAGGAGAUAUAGUGGACAUGACCUCACCUACUUGGCAACUUCUCCUCUGGCCACUCCAAAGGUUUUAAACCAUGCCCACUCAGUAGUGGAUCUCUGGCAGCAGGAGCUAGUACCAGUAAAGGACCAGGACCAUACUGGGAAACCAAGAAACUUACAGUCUCCAACAAUCCCAGACCCAUCGAAUGAACAAGCUGAACUACCAAGGACUGACAACACUUCCUUGGAUUUCACAACCCUCCUCAAGUCAUCUGGAGUCAACAAGAUGAUAAUAUCUCCAGCAGCAAAGAAAAAGCUCCUGUCGCAGGUCAACAAAACUGGGUUACUCAAUAAUGCCCACUCUCUUCCCAACUUUGGUCAGCCCCGUCUGCUCCCUAGCUCCAAUUUAAGCAACUGUAACUUUGAAGAGGCAGCGGAGCGACCAGUUGUAGCUGCUGAUCCAUCAUUUGUGGUACUGAGUCGGCCUUCUGUGAUACAGCAAGCACAGAGCUCCGAGGCACAAGUCCAGAGAGGUAGAGCGAGAAAGAUUCGAGAAAGCACACGUCCUCCUUUAUAUUCACGUGAUCAUUUACAUUAUAGGCUGCCUUCUCACUCCCAUCCAGAAGAACCACAGUGUUCCUCAAUACCUUUGCUGAUGCCAAAGAUUCCCCAUUCCAGCCAGAUACUUCCUGGCUUCCCUCAUGGAUCUAAAGAACCCCAGACACAAGGACUUACCCCUUUAAGAGACUUGAAUAGCUCUGCAAGAUUCCUUCAGUCCGCUGCUCCUCGUGAUUUAAACUACCCCGCCUUUACAGAUCAGGGAAAAUCUUCCAAUCCAACAACAAUGUCUGAUGAUCAACCCACAGAUCUAAGUCUCCCAAAGUCUUCAUUUAAACCACAUCCACAACCCUACAUCUCCUGUCCAAACACAUGUUCCAUAAUGCAUCAGGAAAGUACACCUUUCAGUGUCCAGUACUCCAGAGCUUACCAGGUGCCUCCACUUACUGGGUUGCUUCCAAACAUACACAGUCCUAGACAAGAUGUAGCAGUCGAACACUAUUCUAGGGCCACUAACGUAGCAGUAAAUGGUACGGUCUCCAAUAGAGCAGUAGGAGACAUCGGAAAGCGACAACAAUCAGAGACUGAUCUUUACAACAAAAUGAUUGAACCGACCCACGCUGGCAGAAUUGACUCAGGAUCUCAGCUUUCAGCAAACAAUAUCUGUCUUGUACGCCCUCUCAACCAGGGAAGGAACAAGAGAAGGACACAAGCGGUUUCUCGCAAGAAUGUACCUUCCCCAACUCCUUCAAGAAGGAUCAAGACACCAGAAAAUUCAGUUGACAGAUUUGUGGAAGGUGUACAAGGGGCAAAGGGAAGAGGACCUGCUUCCCACUCUCUCCUCUUCAACCUUGCUACUCCUCAAAUCUACCCCAUCACCCUUUAUCCCACAGGGGCCCUCGCAUUCUGUCAGGUUCAGGACAUGUGCAGGGAUACCUUAGCCAUAGACUACCCCCAUUCUUCCCCCAUACUUUCCAGCCACCAAAAUCAAUCAUUGGACGUCCUUUCCCCAUUGGUCUCCCCCUUUGCCAUCCAUCCUUUGAUGAUGCAAAGGCAGCUGUUGUCUCACCCAGCUCUCUACCAACUACCAACUUCAUUUGAGGACCUGGUACGUCAGAGUCUGUAUUCAGUCAACCCACAGCCCACCUUCAGCAAGCCACAGAUAAACUCAGUUCACCCAAGCACCAACCUCUCUUGAUGUACUGGCUGUGACAAUUGACAUUACUCUCUCUUGGGACUCAGGUCUGAUGGUUUCUAAGUACU